AUGAGCGCAACCUACAUCCUCUCUGCGACGAGUGAACCCUCGCCGUCCUCCUCGACCCUCCCGCCCCGCACGACCAGCCCGCCAAGCACGCCAGGAGGAGAACAGGGACAUUCGGAUGCGAUUUGGUGUGCGAAAUGGGCGCGGGCGGCGGGAGGGGGAGAGGUGGUUGUUACGGCGGGUGCGGAUCACUCGGUCAAGAUCUGGAACCCUGCGCAGACAGCCGCGCCAACACGCACGAUCCGACCGCCCAAAUCGCUCGGAAUCGUCGGCCUCGACGUCGACAAAGCAGAGACGGGCGCGUCUUUCCUCGUUGCGAGCUCGCUUGAUUCCGUCAUCACGCGGUGGAGCAUCGAGGGCGAGUCGGAGGGACGAGUCGAGUUGGGUCCUGCCGCGUCGUGGGACGUCUCGCUGCAUCCUGGCGCACCGCAGUUCGCGACAGCAGGAGGCGAGGGAAAAGUCAAGAUCAUGUCGUCGGCGACGGAGACGUUCGGUCAGGAUUUGGCGGCGCUCGAGGCGACGGGCAAGUUUGGGAUGGCUGUCGAAUACAGUCAGGGAGGGAACCUCCUCGCUGUUUCGAGCGAUACGGGCUACGUGACCCUCUUCGACGCCGAGACAGGCGCCCUGGUCUCUUCCUUCCCAGCCCACUCCGCCCCGAUCCGCUCAAUGUCCUUCACCUCCAACCUCCUCAUAACCGGCUCGGACGACAAGCGCAUCAACGUUUUCGACUUGCGCGCACUGACGUCUCAUAGCGGUGCUGCGGGCGGAGGGGGACGGAGAGGACAGGUUGCGAGUAUGGGAGGACAUGAGGGUUGGGUUGUGACGGUUGCGGCGAGGAAUGAGAGGUUGUUGGCGAGCGGCUCGUCGGACGGGACGAUCAAGCUCUUCGACCUGUCCUCUCCGUCGACUGCUCUCUCGACCCUGCGCGACCAUACCGGCGACGUCUGGUCCCUCGCCUGGGCUCCAGAACAAGUCGGCUCAGCGCCGGCUGUCGAGGGACUAGGAGGAGCGGCGGCGGGACUGGGAGCAGGGAGGUUUGUCAGUGCCGGCGAGGACGGCAGGCUCCGGUGGUGGAACGGCGGGGGUUGA